AUGGCCGGUCAAGGCUCGGCUUCACUCGUAGUCCGCAACAUCCCCUUCGAUUCCGUCACUUCGGUUGGAGACUAUGGGCGGGCGUUUUCCGGCGCAGAAGGAUUCAUCGGGCCUAGAGUCGGUCGAACAUUUGCCAGCCAUGAAGGUCAACUUUAUCAGGACUACGUUUUUGAUUUCACCACCGCUGCGGAUGCCUCUAGGGCCCUUCACCUCCAUCCUACCGUUACCAUCCAAAACCGAUCCUACGCCGUCCAGGCCAAUAACGGCGAGUUUGGCGACCUUCAAUUCUCCCAUUCAGAACCUCGAAUUACUCGUCCUCCUCCGGUCAUUUCUCCACCUCAGAAGCGGGCAAAGCCAGACGUGCCACCUAAGAAGCUUCAAUGCCAAAUUUGCUUCAUUGAGCUGGACGCCAACUAUUCCACGCCCUGUCGGCGAUGCAAAUCGCCACGGUGUCUUGACUGCUUGAAGAAAGAAUUCGAGAUUGCCCUCAGAAAUAUUGACCGCAUGCCCGUCAUGUGUUGCUUUACGAUCAUGCACUACCAAGUUGCACGGGGUGUGCUACGCGAGGCCGAGAUCGAAGAAUAUAAAAUGAAAUUCGACGAGUUUAACACCAUCGAUCCUCUUUACUGUCCGGUACCAACCUGCUCCACCUUUAUUCCUCCUCGGACAUUCAAAUCUGGCGACGUACAGGUUCCUUGCCGUGUUUGCAAUACGGUCAUCUGCACAAAGUGCAAACAGCCUGCCGUCGGUGAACACAUCUGUGCCAAGGACGAGCCUCGACAGUUCAUUCUCGAAACUUUUCACUAUAAGACUUGUCCUAAGUGUGGAACUGGAGUGAUGAAAAUGUUUGGAUGUCCUCACGUCAGAUGUCAAUGUGGCGCUCAUUGGUGUUGGGAUUGUCAACGGCCCAUAAAUGCGUGCUACCAGAAGCCAUGUCGUACCGCAAGGGAUGACGGUCAAACUUCGGGGAGAGAAGAAGUGGAUUCUGAUUCUGACGAAGAGCUGGACGACUCGGCCCAGAGGCUAUCUGCGGCCACAGAAACAGCUGAAGCGGUGGUAGUCGAGGAAAGACCGGCAGUGGAGAACAACACCGCGCCAGCUGAUAUUGUUACUCUGCCAGCACCAAUAUCCAAUACUGAAGUCGCUGAGCAGCCUGUCCAGCCCGAGGCCCAAAGCAUAAUUCCUUCCACCGAAGCAGACGAUCCUCGGCCACCCAUCGAAGGCAACGAAACAACUCAAUCAACUACCUCAGAGGCUCCGGCAACAGAGACCACGGAACCGGAACCUGGUCCCACCCAACCCGAGAAUUUGGAUGAUCCUGAUGAUUUCGAUUGGGAAGGUCAGUCGCUGGAUUUUGGAGAUGAGCCAGUUGACGAAGCGUGGGACUCGUGGGGCUGCAGACAUGUCUUUCGUGAUUUUGAAAGGCAAUAUAUCCCAGAGCGUUGGCUUAUCGGGGUCAAUGUCGUAAAGGAUCAAGAUCUCGAAGUGGAGUGUAUGGCUUGCUUUAAGAAGGUCAUGGUAUGGGAGACUAAGACUGAAGAGGAAAGUAAGGAGAAAGGAAACGUUGCUGGUCCUUCUACAGCUCCGGUAAUGGUUUCUGGCACAUCACGGAAGGAGAACGCCACCAAGGCGACGUGCUCGUUCGAAUGCCGCCUCUGUGGAAUCGUUUAUUGUGGAACAUGCAAGAAGGCUGCAACCAAGAGGAUUCGGAGAGAACGGUUGGCUCCUGAUGUUGAGUGA